AUGAGUGAUCGAAUGGUUCUUGCUCAAUUAUGGGUUUUUUUCUAUAUGCCAAACAUUUCUGGGAAAGUUUUUAUUCCACAGAAUAAUUUUCCGAUUUCUACAAGGCAAUUCGAGGAUGGAAUGAUUUUCACAAAUUUUCUUCCGCAGAUUUCGUUAGAAGACAGUUGGGAAAUGCGCUUUUCCUGCUGUUCUUCUGGGCCUAACGGACAAGCAUGUACCGUUAGUGAGUCUCACGUGACCAACACAGCGUUUUGGAGCGACUUAUCAGGAUUUAUUGAGAUACCAGCACCAUCGGACCCAAGUGACUCUCGCAAUGGCAAAAUAUACGUUCUGGAUAGUGAAAUGGUUUACACGAGGCGCGGCUUGUCAAUUGCGAGAGUAACUUUAGUGAACUGCACGUAA